CAUCCAGGGGCGGGCUCGGGCACCACGGCGCCUCCGGGACCGGUGCCACCGGACCCGCGCCUGCACAGUCGCGGAGACAUGGCACCAGCUGGAGGCCCGCGGGCCAAGAAGGGCAUUUUGGACCGUCUGGACAGCGGGGAGCUUGUGGUUGGGGACGGCGGCUUUCUCUUCUCUCUGGAGAAGAGAGGGUUCGUGAAGGCAGGACUGUGGACUCCAGAAGCAGUGGUGGAGCAUCCAAGUGCAGUUCGUCAGCUCCACACAGAAUUCUUGAGAGCAGGAGCCGAUGUCUUGCAGACGUUCACCUUUUCUGCCUCUGAGGACAAGAUGGAAAGCAAGUGGGAAGACGUAAAUGCAGCUGCCUGCGACCUCGCCAGGGAAGUGGCUGACAGAGAGGAUGCUUUGGUGGCUGGCUGCCUCUGCCAGACAUCACUGUACAAAUACCACAAGGAUGAAACCAGGAUUAAAAACCUUUUUCGACUACAGCUAGAAGUUUUUGUCAGGAAAAAUGUGGACUUCUUGAUCGCAGAGUAUUUUGAGCACGUGGAAGAAGCUGUGUGGGCUGUGGAAGUCUUGAGGGAAGUGGGCAAACCUGUGGCUGCGACCAUGUGCAUCGGGCCGGAGGGGGACAUGCAUGACGUGACCCCUGGAGAAUGUGCAGUCAAGCUGGCGCGGGCAGGGGCAAACAUCAUUGGGGUCAACUGCCGAUUCGGGCCCUGGACCAGCCUGCAGACCAUGAAGCUCAUGAAGAAGGGCCUCGGGGAUUCGGGGUUGCAAGCUCACCUGAUGAUGCAAUGUCUGGGCUUCCACACACCUGACUGUGGCAAGGGAGGGUUUGUAGACCUCCCGGAAUAUCCUUUUGGCUUGGAGCCCAGAGUUGCGACCCGAUGGGAUAUUCAAAAAUACGCCAGAGAGGCCUACAACCUGGGGGUCAGGUACAUUGGCGGCUGCUGCGGAUUCGAGCCCUACCACAUCAGGGCGAUUGCUGAGGAGCUGGCCCCGGAAAGGGGGUUCCUGCCUCCGGCUUCAGAGAAACAUGGCAGCUGGGGCAGUGGUUUGGACAUGCACACCAAACCCUGGAUCAGAGCAAGUCUCCUCAGAACACAGCGCUCUGCUGGAACCACAGGGAAAAGCAAUGGUCCCACUUGGCAAACCUUGAACCACUUGAAGGGGAAUGCUCCAAGCAUCAGGGUCCGGUGGAUUCUCCCCUCUUACAUUUCAUCAAUCUUCCAAAUUCUCACCAGAUGGCUAGACGGGAAUACUGGGAGAAUCUGCUGCCAGCUUCAGGCAGACCUUUCUGUCCUUCGCUGUCAAAGCCAGAUGCGUAAGAAGCAAGGAAAGAAAACUCUGAAAUGACGGAACAGAAAGAAAUGGCCUCAAGCCCUGACUUCCUGCUGCUGUCCUCAGCCUGCCCUGUUCUUCCAGCUGCUGAGCAUCGGUGAGCUACUGUCCCUUCAGUCCAAGCAACACGUCCCUCCUGAGCAUGCUCACCAGAUGAUGUGGGGAUGUGGAGGCACCGGGACCUGUCCUCCCUCCCCAAGUACUCUCUGACUAGUAAAGCCACAGUGCACCCAUGCGAAGGUCAUCAGGCAUGACCAGAGUUGGCUCUCAGGGUGGAUCUGACAUUCUUAAAUAAUCAGAAGCCAGCAAGAAGCUAUUUUAGUGAAUAAUUCAGAUGUCUAAGCUAGAUGCUUGAGGAAGAGGGAGCAGGGCUCUGGCAUGUUUUUCUCAAGUGAUUUCUAUUGUAGUUACAAACACGUCUCAGUAGAAGACAUGUCAAAAGUUUUGUGAGUGACGGCAGGAUUAUUAAAAUCUCAGUGCUUUGCUUUCAACGAGGAUUUUUGCUUCAAGGUCUUAGAGUUUGUAAGUGCAUCUUUAUAACCACACAUAGGCAGAUUAUAAGCUACUGAAGCUCAGGACCAUAUCACAUGCUGCUUACAUUCCUCUUUAUUUAGCAUCAUGCAUAGCAUAAUCACCAAUGCUCAAUGAAAUGCUUGUUGAUUAAGUCAAGCAGCCGAACCCUGCAAGACCUUCUCAGAAGUCAGAGUUCAAGUCCAUCUUGCUGUAAUAGUUUCUUGAUUCACCCACGGUUGUGUUGUACACUGACAGUGUGCCCACUUUUCUCUUUUUUGCAACAAUGUAGCAAUGUGUGACAAUUAAUAAAAUCACAAAUUAUUUUCCUUGUA